UUUUCAUUGAGCUAUUGUGGCAGCUGCUUACCUUUUCCCACAAGGGAACGUGUUUGGAAGUGUGUUCCUCAUACAUCACCCAACAAUCUUCCCACUCAAUCAAGAUUUGUCCAUAUUAUCUUGAUUUUCUGAUAUCACCACCAACAAAAUGAAUCAAGAAAACUGAAAAAUCCAAUCUUGGCAUAGCAGAAUCUCUGUCUAAAAGCAACUACAGAGAACCAUCUAAGGGUUUUUCUUGUUUGUGGACUUGUUUUCUUCUUUCACAAUAGUUUUUGGUCUUUUGAUUAGAAUUUAAGGAGGGUAAACAGAAGAAAAGAAAAAAAAAAAUGGCUAUGGUAGCACAGCAUCAAGGAGAAAGUAGGAGUGGGUGCAGUAUAAAUAAGCAAAUCGAUUCGGGAAAGUAUGUGAGAUACACGGCGGAGCAAGUGGAGGCAUUAGAGAGAGUGUAUGCCGAGUGCCCAAAGCCUAGCUCUUUACGCCGUCAGCAGCUGAUCAGAGAAUGUCCGAUUCUCUCGAACAUUGAGCCCAAACAGAUCAAAGUCUGGUUUCAAAACCGAAGGUGUCGGGACAAACAGCGUACGGAGUCGACUAGACUUCAGAGCGUGAACCGAAAAUUGAGCGCGAUGAACAAGCUCUUGAUGGAAGAAAAUGAUCGCCUCCAAAAACAAGUGUCUCAGCUGGUAUCUGAGAAUGGUUACAUGAGGCAACAGCUCCAAAGUGCAACUGUGCCGACCACUGAUGCAAGUUGCGACUCGGCCGUUGCAACUCCUCAGCAGUCUCUUAUAGAUGCAAACAAUCCUGCUGGACUCCUCUCAAUUGCAGAGGAAACCUUGGCAGAGUUCCUUUCAAAGGCUACAGGAACUGCUGUUGAUUGGGUGCAAAUGCCCGGGAUGAAGCCUGGUCCGGAUUCGGUUGGGAUUUUCGCGAUUUCACAAAGUGGUACUGGGGCAGCGGCAGCUAGAGCUUGUAGUCUUGUUAGUUUAGUGCCUGCAAAGAUUGCUGAAAUUUUAAAAGACCGUCCAUCUUGGUUUCGUGAAUGUCGGAGCCUUGAGACUUUCACGAUGUUUUCUGCUGCCAAUGGAGGAACAAUCGAACUCUUGUACAUGCAGAUGUAUUCACCGACUACACUUGCUCCCGGUCGUGAUUUAUGGACCUUGAGAUACACAAAAACCUUGGAGAACGGUAGUCUUGUGGUAUGCGAGAGAUCACUUUCUGGUAGUGGGGCGGUUGGCCCGAAUGCAGCGUCAGCAUCACAGUUCGUUAGAGCCGAAAUGCUUCCAUCUGGAUAUUUGAUUCGGCCAUGCGAAGGUGGAGGAUCGAUAAUUCACAUUGUAGAUCAUCUUAAUCUGCAGGCACUAAGAUAUGUUCGACAGAUAGCUCUAGAAACGAGUGGUGAAGUAGUAUAUGGUCCCGGAAGGCAACCGGCCGUUUUACGAGCUUUCAGUCAGAGGCUAAGCAGAGGCUUUAAUGAUGCUGUUAAUGGGUUUAACGAUGACGGUUGGUCAUUAUUGGACUCAAAUGGAUCUGAAGAUGAUGUAUUAGUUGCCAUUAGUUCCGGCAAGAAUAACGACAUCGUGUGUGCAAAAGCAUCUUUGCUUCUUCAGAAUGUUAGCCCGGCUGUCUUGGUUCAGUUUUUAAGGGAGAAUCGGUCAGAAUGGGCAGAUGCCAAUGUCGACGCUUAUUUUGCCUCGUCUUUGAAAUCGAGCAUGUAUUUGUAUACAGGGAUGAGGCCUAUAAGAUUCACCGGAAGCCAGAUAGUCAUGCCGUUAGGUCCUACAAUCGAACAUGAAGAGAUUCUUGAAGUGAUACGUUUGGAAGGGCAAACUGUUGGUUAUGAGGAUGCUUUUAUGUCCAGGGACAUUCAUCUUCUACAGAUGUGUAGUGGGCUCGAUGAGAAUGCAGUGGGAGCUUGCUCGGAACUUGUCUUUGCACCAAUCGACGAGAUGUUUCCAGAUGAUGCACCUCUGCUGCCUUCUGGUUUUCGCAUAGUUCCUCUCGAUACGAAAUCAAGUGAGCCAAAGGAUACAUUGAUGCCGUUCAAAACGCUUGACUUGACAUCGGGCCUCGAUGUGGACCCAACAACAAAAUCGGGCCAUACCACCGAAAACGGCGGCCCAUCUUACAGCCCACGAUCGAUACUGACAAUUGCUUUCCAGUUCCCAUGCGCCAGCAAUUUACACGACACUGUAGCCACAAUGGCUCGACAUUAUGUGCAUGGCGUGAUCUCAUCCGUACAAAGGGCUGCCUUGGCCUUAUCACCAUUUGGGCCCACUGUUGGGCCCAAUAUGUCCUCUGGCUCUCCUGAAGCCUCAGUUCUUGCACAUUGGAUCUGCAAGAGCUAUAGCUAUCAUGUGGGGACUGAGUUGCUAGGAACCGACUCGCUGAGUUGUGACUCGGUAUUAAAAUCACUCUGGCAUCAUCGAGAUGCUAUCUUAUGCUGCUCUCUGAAGGCUGGCCUACACAUGCUGGAAACCACGUUGAUUUCCUUACAAGACAUCACGCUCGAUAAAAUAUUUGAUGAUUCGAGUCAAAAGGCAUUUUUUUCCGAAUUUGCCAAGAUCAUGCAACAGGGAUAUGCUUACUUGCCAGGUGGAUUCUGCGUGUCGACAAUAGGCCGUCACAUGUCGUACGAACAAGCUGUCGUGUGGAAAGUUGUGGCAGGUGAAGAGGAAAGUGUCCACUGCCUAGCCUUCUCUUUCUGUGCUUCUACUGCUGAAGAAAUUCUUGUUUGCUUAAGCCCUCGUGAUUUCUUCCAUGUAUUUGAAGUUGCGAUGGGCCUCCACAGGCUCUAG